AUGUAUAACCCAGAAACUGGGAAAGUUGAAUUUGAAGAUCAUGAAACAAAAAAAUUAGACACUUAUGAUUACCACGAAAGAUUAUCCUUUAAAGGUCGUUGGGCAACACCUGAUCAAAACUUUGAAUUCAUAGUACACUUUUACCCUUACAACAAUUCAGUGGAAAUAUACGAUUUAACGCAUGGUAGAACAUUCAUGAAAAGACUAAGAACAAACGUAAGACAUCAUGACUUAUUUUUGGGGAAUAAAUUGAGUAUAUAUAACAGACAUAUUAAACUGAUAUCUUUCGCAAAUGACUUCACAAGAAACAAUAUUGUUGAGAUGAGAUCACUAUGCAUACUAAAACCAAUUCUGAAAUGUCAUCAGUAUGGACCCAUUCUUAAGGUGUUGGAAAAACAAGAUCUAAGAAUAGCAAAGUUGACCAUGUGCGUUAUAUCUAGAAAAGAUGCCCUUCAGUUUUACCAUUACUUGCGGGGUAGAGCUAUAUGCCCGUUUAUGGUGGAACAUCUAGCUUCAGGAGCAUCUCUGGGGAUUGAAAUGGUAGGACAAGAUGCAGUUAGUCGUUUAUACUCGAUAUUAGGCCCUCGUACUCCCGCUGAAGGCCGUAAGGUGGCGCCACACACCUUAAGAGCGAUUUAUGGCCACGAUAGAAUAGUGAAUGCUCUUCAUGGUUCAGUACGCAGAGAUUUGGUUGAAAACGAGUUGAAUAUAUUUUUCCCCGAAAAACAAUUACCUCCCACUACCACGGCGGUGUAUGAAAAUAGCACUCUGUGCAUUGUAAAGACCCACAUCUUAAAAGAUAGGCGUUUGGGAGAAUUGAUAACUUACAUAGGCGAAUCACAUUUUAAAAUAACUGCCAUGGAUUCAUUUUAUCUCACUAUGACUGACGCUGAAGAAUUUCAAUCCAGAAAAAUCGUUCCGGAUUUUAUGAAAUAUGUAGAACCCUUUAUGGAUGGUUACUGCGUUGCGAUAGAAAUUUCCGGUAGAGUACCAGAUAUGAACGUGUGCGACGAAUUGAGGAAGUUUUUGGGGCCCAAAGACCCAGUGGUAGCCAGAGAAAUUGUCCCUUACUCUUUGAGAGCACGUUUCGGUAUAGACAGGUACAAAAACGCUUGUUACGGAUCUGAUUCCAACACCGAAGCACAAUACGAGUUGGAAUUUUUCUUUAAGAUAUUACGCAGAAACCUACACUGGUAAAAUUUUUUAAAAAUAA